AUGUACAUACAAUAUAGACUAUUUAGUGAGCACUCCUUAUGGAGAGUAUUAGAAAUAAACAAAAGUGAGAAUUACAUUUUGGUUAGUGAGUUAAAAAAUAUAAUAAGGAAACAAAGUAAUAUAAAUUAUAAUAACAAAAUUGAUAUAUAUUUUUCGUUAUAUCAAAAUGAAGAUAAUGAAGAAGAUAUAAAUAAGAAAAGUCGAAAUAUUUCAAAAGAAAUAAAAUAUUUAGAUGUGGACGAUAAGAUAUAUAAUGGGAAUAAAAUACUUGUACAUAGAGAUGUGAAAAAAAAGAAUACUGUUCAUGAUAUAACACAUAUAGCUAAAAAGGAAAUAAUAUUAGAUGUUGAAGAGAAACAAAAAGUAAAUUUACCAAAUGAAUUUUUAUGUAAAAUUUGUAAUUAUAUGUUAAUAGAAUCAUAUAUUAUAGUGUGUAAUAAUAAUUGUGGUUAUUCUGUUUGUAAAAGUUGUAUAUUAUUUUAUAUAUUUAGUUGUAUAAUUAAAGAAGAUGAAAAAAAAAAAAAUUACAUUGAUUUAUCUUUAAUAAAAAAUGAUGAUAAUAUAAUAAAAUGUCCUAUUUGUAAAGGAGUACUAAAAUAUUGUAUUAUAAAUAAAAAAAUGGAAUUGACUUUAAAAAAAUUACAAGAUGAACGGAAUGAUAUUGACUCGUUUAAUUUUAUUAUUCAAGAAAGAAAUAACAAAUUUGUAAAAAUAAUUGAAAAAAUGAAAAUACAAAAUUUUGAUUAUUCAAGUAUAGAAAACCGUAACAAUGAUACCACAAAUAUUUACACAUUAUUUAAUAAUCAUGUUUUUAAAACUAUUGAAGAAAAAUAUAUAUAUUCAACUAGCAAUAAUAAUAACAAUAAUAAUAAAACAAAUGAACAAAUCGAAAUUGAAGAAAAGCCAGUUUUAAAUCAUUUUCUAUAUUUAAUGGAUAGUAAUAAACUAAAUUCUAUCAAAGAAUAUCUAAUGGUUUAUAUAGAUUAUGAUAGUUGUAUAUUUGACACUAUACAAAAAAUGAAUAUAAAAAAUAUUUCUGACCAUAUAAAUGAAAAUAAACUACUACAAGAUAAGUUAUACUCACACGAAGAUGAUACUAAUAAUGAUAAUACUAUAUCUAAAAGUGAUAAAAAUAAUAGCCAAGAAGAAAUCGAUGAAAAAUUAUACACUAAAAAUAAAGCAUACAUAAUUCCUAUAUCGUUUGUUGGUGGAGAAACUUCAUAUUCCUUAAUUGGUGUUUUUUAUAUUAGUGAUUUGGUUAGUUCAUUUAAUAGUGUAAAUAAUAAAGAUAAAAAUGAAAAACAUGUUAAUAAUAAAAUAGAAAAUUUUAUGAUGAAAUGGCAUGGAAACGAUAGUAUUGGAAAUAAUGUUAAUAAAGAAAAUAUUAUGAACAAACUAAAAAAUGGUGAUAUAUAUAAGGUAGAAUAUGUUAAUAAAUAUGAAAAAACAUGUUUUAUUCCAGUAAGGAAACAACCAUUAUAUAAUAUUAUAAAUACAAAAAGAAAUAAAACAAAAAAAAAAACAAAUAUCGAAAUUGUGUUAGAAUUAAAAAAAUUUAUGGAAAUUGUUUUAACUGUUGAUAAUUAUAUUAGAUAUGGUAGUAGACCAAAUAAUUAUGAAAUAAAAAAAGUUGUUACAUCGGGAGGGGAUGAUAUAUCUGUGGAUACUGGAAUUGGUGGUGGGGUAAAUAUCCCAUUUAAUAAUAUGGAUGAAAAUGAAAAAAAAAAUAUGAACGUUCAGAAAAAUAAGGAAUUACAAGAUAUUUCAUAUAUUAUUGGAAAUAAUCAAGAUAUUAAUUCUCAGACAAAUUAUGAAGGAACUUUACAACCUAAUUAUCCAUCUGAAAAUAUCUCUAUUUUAACAAAACAUACUGAAUUUCAAGAAAUAUAUGAAAUUUUAUAUAGUACAAAAACUGUGCCAAUUUCUAUACAAAAUAUUUUUAAUAUAAAUAACCCUUAUGUUGAUUAUUGUGCUAUACUUCCUUUUUUAACAAAAGAAGAAUUUUUAUUUUUUCGAAAAUUGCAACGUAUUUAUAAAGAAAAAUACUUGAAAAAGUUGUACAAGCAUGUUAAGGAAAACAAUUUGAAUAUAAACAUUUUUUCGAAUGCGGUUAAUUCGAUAUUCUUUUCGACGAUUAGGUAG